AUGGAUUAUAGUGAUAGUUUUAAUUUGGAAUAUGGUGGAGGCACUGGUCGUUCAGGAAAUAAUGAAAACAGUGACGACAGCAAUGGUAUACCUGUCGAUAUGGAUUUCAGUGGUGGCGGUGGUGGAAACACUUCAACAAACAACGGUGUAGUUGUUGUUUCAUCAUCGACGACUUCAACGGCGACAGCGGUGGCAGCGGCGACAGUUGUAAUGGAAGAUGAAUAUAUCUAUGAGACAGAGUUUGAUGAUGACGAUGAAGAUCUCUUUGAUUUCGAGAUUGAGCGAGACGAUCACAUCAAUUCCUGUCCGCACAUCGGUUGCAAAACCAAGGCUCUCUUUGAAGAGAUGCAACAACACAUGUUGGAAAACCAUCAGGAAUGCGUGGCGAGAGCAGCCAACACCAAUAAUAAUAAUAACAAUAAUAAUAUUAGCCAAUGUAUUGGUUGUCGUUUAACAAGAGAUCAUCAAAUGCGAGAGAAAAUCUAUAGUGAAAGAAAUUAUACUCCAGAUCCAAACAGUCAUUUCUACACCGACUACAAUAGCGAAGAAGAGCAAUCAUCUUAA